CAGAAAGUGAAAAAAAAAAAGGAGAGAGAGGGAGAGGUGUGAGAAUGGAGCAGCAGCAGAAGAAGAAUUACCCUUCUCUGCCUUCCAACUAUGUCACUCUCGCUCAACUCCAAGAGCGCUGGCUCAAGCAACACCACCAAUCUCAGAAACAAGACGAAGAAAAGGAACAACAUCCAAUGCACCAGAACCUUCAACAACAACCAGAUCAGACGGUUGUGGUUCCACGAAAUGGAACCGCUUCUAAGUCUCAUCCCGCUAAGGUCUAUCAGCGCAAAAAUCGGAACGAUUCGGUUCCUAACCGCCGCGCGGUCGAGGUGGCCGUUGAAGCUCACCGCAAAUCGGAGGCCGACGCCGGAAUCGGAGAUGAAAAGGCCGCUCCGGAAAGUGAGGUCAGCGAAUCGAAGAAGAAGAAGGGGAAAAAGAAAUGGAAAGGAAAUCGGAAACCUAAAGUGGAGGAGAAAGGAGCGUGUGAAGUUGCAGGUGCAGGUGCAGCAGCAGCACAGGGGAACGAAGAGAACAAGAAAACCACAAUCGAAAGCGAAUUGAAUAACAAGAAGAGUAGUGAUUCGGUAAUAGUGGAGAAGGUUGAGCAGAAAUUUGGGGUUUUAUCGAUGAAAUCUGGGAAUGGCAAACAGGAUGGGAGAUUUAGGAUAAUGAAUGAAGGUUUUCGUCACUCUCAAUCUCAGAGGAAUUAUUAUGGUUAUGGUCAUGGUCUUGGUGUUCAACACGAUAAGGUUCGGAAACAGAGAAAGGAGGACAAGAUGGUUUGGGUAAGAAAGGAUGGAAUUGAGACAUAGCUUUGUGCUCUUAUCAAUUUCAUUUUCUAUUUUCUUAGAGUUUGUGCCCUGAUGCUUUAUGUGUAUGUAUUGUAUAGAAACAGCCUUUGCCUAACCUUGAUUCAUCAUUGGAAAUUGCAAUUUCUGUUGAGUAAGAACUUUUAUGUUGGUUAUCAAUUAUCAUCGUUAUUUGAAGACUUUUAAAACUUGUUAGGGGUAUCAGUUGGAUAUAAUACGCUCUGUCAAAGGUCUUGCUAGAACUUGUACAGAAAUGAAGGAUUUUGGAACAAUGAGACCAAAUCAUGUUCAAAAUAAACUAGAUAUGAGAUGUCGAGUGUCUACAGGUAAUUCAGAGGUGGCCUCUAUAAAUCUAUUAUAUAACCAGGUAACACCCCUUUAAAUUAUAUAUAUAAAAAAAUGAUUAACAUUGUAGGUCAACUUGACGGGGUGGAAAUAUGUAUUUGAGCAUUGGACCAUCAAGCUAAUCAAUGGAAUUUUUUAUAAUUAUACUGUAAUUAUUGUAACCAUUGAUAGUGAUGUUGUAUUAAUGUUCUUUACGUUGGUGCUUGUUUUUUAAUCGACCCAACAUCAACAGAUUGUACAUAUAUACAUUGUAAUCAUCGUCUUGAAAUUUGUCUGGGGUAAAUCAUGUAAUUUUUUUGAAAAGAACAGUACAUCAUCCUUCUCAAACUCUUAUAAUAACUUUAUAGUCUUAGUGGUGUAGCAGCUAUUCCCCAACUUGCUUGCAUUCUUCGGAGAAUCCACUGGAGAAUGGUUAGUGACAAGAUUGCAAAUGUCGGUGGAUGGGAAACAUAAUAACUCUUGCAUCAACAUUUUGUAAAUUUACAAGUUUUGUCUGGCCCUCGAUGGGCGCAACAUCAGUUGGAUAUAAUAGGCUCUGUCAAACUAUGGAUUCAAGUGUUACUUGCCAAAUAUGGCUAUGGGCGCAACAUCAGAUGAGUGUUGGGAUAAUUUCUUUAAGGGUCUAAGGUGGGAUACUGUUGCCGAGAAGGCUACCUGCAUCUGGAUGGUCCUUUGUAAGCGUAUAUGGGCGAAAAGGUCCUGAGAGAAUGAAGAUGUUGAUGUGGGAAAUGGUCCUUUGUAAGCGUAUGAAGUAGGACUACCAGCAAAUGGUCUAGCCAUUCCAGUGUUAAUUGCCCUAGCUAGGAUGAAACGAUCAUCCAAGCGGUGUCCACCAAGGGAGGGAUGGUUGGAGCUCAACACUAAUGGAUCAUUAAACAGAUUUGACCGAAAAGCUAGUUGUGAUGGUUUACUGAGGGACGAUUUUUUGCAACUUCAAGCUAUUGUAAUUCAUUAUAUGCGGAGCUGUGGGGAAUUCUUUAAGGUCUUGAGCUUGCCUGGGGUCUAGGUAGGAAGAACAUCCAUUUAGAAUGUGAUUCCACUCUAGCCAUGGUAAUGGUAACUCUAGAGUGAUCAUGCGCAUCAAGAAAUGAUUAUAAGAGACUUGGCAGAUCAUACUUUUUCUCAUACUAACAUAAAGAAUAAGCUAGUUGACCAUGCUACGCAGAUGCAAGAAA